AUGGCGUCCUCCGACAACUUGAUGACGAUGGAGCAGCCGUGGGGUUUCCGUCCCACAUUCACCGACGCCUGGAUUUCGGAUAUCUACGCCAGGGAAUCGGACACCCUAACGAAGGCUCUUCAGAUGUCCUUUGCCGCCGACAGCAGCGGUGAUGGCGGCUCCGCCGCCUUCUUCCCGGUCGAUAUGGUGGAUUCUCUCCUCCUCGCUCCGGACGCGGCGCCCUCCCAGACUCCGUCGGCCUCCGGAUGCUCGGAGAGCGAGGUUGCGGCGGCGGCGGCGGCUGCCGCGAGACCGCGGCGGAACCUGCCUCCGGCCAGCGGUGGGGUGGCGAAGAGGAGGAAGUCGCGGGCGUCGAAGCGGUCGACCACGACGUUCAUCACGGCCGACGCGGCGAACUUCAGGCAGAUGGUGCAGCAGGUGACCGGCGUGAGGAUCCCGGGCGGGGUGCCGCCGCCGCUUACUGCGGCGGCGGCGCAGAUGAUGAGGCCGGAGCCACACAGGGUCGUGGAUCGGCUCCAGAUGGGCGGACUCCUGCCAACGUUCGACACGUCCGCGUUCCUACUAGACAGCUCCGCCGGAGGACUGGCGGUGCAGCCGCCUCCGGCGGUUACCGACGGAGGUGGGAUCGAUUUUGACCCGUUUUGCAGCUUUCCGACGCUCGAGUCAUGGAAAGUUAUGUAG